ACCAUGUAUGACUUUGAAUUUAUCCACUUUUCAAUUUUUUGAGUCCCAUACCUUUUUUUCUCAAGUAAGAAAAACAAAUAGAAGAUAUAAUUCAAAAACAAAAAGAAGAAAUAAUUAUUGAAAUAAUCUAAUAGGAGGCUCAAAUAUAUCAAAGUUCCAUUUGUUUGAAAAUGGAAAUUAUGUGUAUGCAUCUUGAAGCUUGAAUAGCAAAAAAAAAAAGAAAUAUGAAUCAUAUUAUUUUUGUUGGGAUAAACGAUGAGUACGAUCAAGUUAACAUCUUUUAAAGUUGGAAAAGUCUAAAAAAAUGGUCAAGAGGUGGAACUCAUAUGAAAUUCAACUAUCUUGCAUUAUGGUAUUAGCAAUUCUUGCAAAGAUUCAAAAGUCUGAAUCCCUUAAUGUUGAAGGUUUAGCAUUGCUCGAGUUUAGAGAAAGAAUAGAAAAUGAUCCUCACCAAGCUUUUGCAAAUUGGAAUCCAAACCAUUCUGAACCAUGUGUGUGGCUGGGUGUCCAAUGUCUAAAUGGAAAAGUGAAAAUGUUAGAUCUUAGUGGGCUUUCAUUACAAGGAACAUUGGCACCAACAUUAAAAAAGCUAAGAUAUAUGCGAUCCUUAGUGAUGAGCAACAACCGUUUGUCAGGUUCUAUUCCUAGAGAGAUUGGAGAACUUAAAUUACUUGAAGUUUUGGAUUUGAAGCAUAAUAAUUUUAGUGGAAAGAUUCCUCUAGAGAUAGGUGGGAUGUCAUCGUUAAAAUGCAUGUCCCUUUGUGGUAACGAUUUGCUUAGAGAUAACCCGCCUACAAUUGGAGUACUUGAUUAUCUUCUUGAAUCAGGUUGUAAUCAACAAGUCAGUUCAAAUGGUUCCAGAUUUGAACAUUACAUUAAAAGGAAUAUACGUUGUAAUUGGUGGCGCAUUUUGAAUCAAUUAAGGACCUACUUUUACAUUAGCUCUAUGUUGGAGACUAAAAAUAGAAAGUGUUGUUUCUAUGAUAAAGGAAACAAUUGUUGCGGCAAUGUAUCAAGUGCAAUUGAAGAUAGUUAUCGUCGUCAUCUGGCUGAACAAUCAAGUAAUCUUGUUGUUGUACCAACAAAGGUUAUCAAGGUCCAACAAAAGGAAUCCCCUAUUAUUGUUUUAAGUACCGGAGCUUAUCCUGUUCAUUUAAAAAAAACUACAAUAUUAGCCCAAUCUUCUUCUUCUUCUUCUUCUUCUUCUACUUCUAACACCUCACAUGAGCAUUUUAAACCAAACAUAUUUUUUCUUAUGACUACUUUAAUUAUCUUAGUUGUAAGCGUAGUAGCAGCUCUUAGUUUUUGUUUUGCCUUAAUAGCCAUAAAACGCUAUAGUAGUGCUAAGGUUGUACAAGCGCAAAAUGCAUCUUUACUUCAUCGGUUGAGCAAGGUCUUUGUAACAGGAGUUCCGGCAUUAAACUCAUCUGAGUUACAAACAGCUUGUGAAGAUUUCAGUAAUAUAAUUGAUACUUUCUCGGGAUGCUUAAUGUAUAAGGGAAUACUUUCAACUGGGGUAGAGAUUGCUGUUUUGUCAACUUCAAUUAGGUCAUCACAGCAAUGGUCCAAUUUUGCAGAAAGGGAGUUUAAAAGAAAGAUGGAUACUUUUUCAAAGAUAAACCAUAAGAACUUUAUAAACCUUCUUGGCCAUUGUGAGGAAGAUAACCCAUUUGUGAGGAUGAUGGUAUUUGAAUAUGCUCCAAAUGGGAACCUUUAUGAGCAUUUACAUGUUAAGGAUAUAGAUCAUCUAGAUUGGACAACUAGAAUGAGGAUUAUCAUGGGAACUUGCUAUUGUCUUGAGUACAUGCAUCAUGAGCUUAAUCCUCCCGUCGUCCAUCCAAAUCUCCAGUCAGAUACGAUCCUUCUAACGGACGAUUAUGCUGCAAAGGUCGCAGAUGUUUCAUUUUGGGCUGAUAUUGUAUCCAAAGCAAAGAUUUCAGAUGAUGAAGAAUUAGAACCUUUACAUUCAAAUCCAGGUCCCACUUGCGAAGAUAAUGUAUACAGUUUGGGGAUAUUGUUGCUUGAAAUAAUCUCAACCAAGUCACUUAAUGCACAGGCUAUAGAGUACUUGAAAGAUAAGAAGAAAUAUUGCAAUUUGGUUGAUCCUAGUUUGAAGUCCUUUAAGAAUAACGAGCUAGAAAUCAUUUGUGAGGUCAUUCACGAGUGUCUAAAUGAAGAUCCAAGGCGAAGACCAACACUUAAAGAUGUAACCUCCAAGCUACAAGCAGUAAUUAAAAUUACUCCUGAGGCUGCUAGUGCUAGACAUUCACCCUUAUGGUGGGCAGAGCUUGAAAUUCUCUCUAUAGAAUCUGGUUAAGAGGCUCUGCACACUUUCUAGCAUGUAUAUUAGAAGAAUUUCAGAGGAUUAAGGAGUACAGGGAUGGUUAGUCCCUCCAUCUCCCCCGGUGUGACCAGGGUUCGAUCCUCACCCCACCCCUCCUAACACUCCCGUAUCUUACCAUAUAAAAAAAAAAUUAGAAGAAUUUCGUCAAGUGGGUGUUGUAUAUUUGUGUUGAUAAAUAAAUUUUAUUUGAUCAAUAUUUGUGUUUAAUAGUAUUUUAAUCCUUAUUACCCAGUAACUAUCUCAUUUAUAGAUGGCACAUAUUUCAAUAAC